CUUUCCUUUCAACUCCAUUUGUCCAAGGAGACAAGCUUAACCAAGGAUAGGAAAGUUGUAUGAGUGGAUAACGCAACACACUUUUCACUCUUUGCGUUCCUUAUUUUGCUCUUCUUUCGUUGCAUCACCCAGAAUCCGAAGAACAAAAAUGGCUACUUCAACUCCAACGCCCACUUCGCUUUCCUUCUUCUCAUCGUCCCUUUUCCUCUCUUCUUCCUCCACCAAGCUCCCCUGUCUUUCUCUCUCCUUCAAAACCUCCUCAAAUCCCAACCUCUGCAUUGCUUCCCAACUUUCCACACUCUCCAUUCUAUCCUUCACCGGAGAAAAAAUCGGCGAAACCUAUCUCGACCUCAAGUCGGCCCCACCCGAAACCGCUCGAGCCGUAGUUCACCGGGCAAUCAUCACGGACCAACAAAACAAGCGACGUGGCACCGCCUCCACUCUCACCCGCAGCGAAGUCCGAGGUGGUGGGAAAAAACCCUACCCCCAGAAGAAAACCGGGCGGGCCCGUCGUGGGUCUAUGCGCAGCCCUCUGCGGCCCGGCGGAGGUGUUAUCUUCGGGCCCAAACCGAGAGACUGGUCAAUUAAAAUCAACAAAAAGGAAAAGAGAUUGGCGAUUUCGACGGCAUUAUCCAGUGCUGCCCAGAACACGAUAGUUGUGGAGGAAUUCGGGGAUAAAUUCGAGAAACCGAAGACGAAAGAUUUUAUGGAGGCGUUGAAGAGGUGGGGAUUGGACCCGAAGCAGAAAUCGAUGUUUUUGAUGAUGGAAGUGCCGGAGAAUGUGAAUUUGUCGAGUCGGAAUAUCGGAACUUUGAGAAUGUUGACGCCGAGGACGCUUAAUUUGUUUGAUAUCUUGAAUUGCGAUAAUCUGGUGUUGACUCCGGAUGCAGUGGAUUAUUUGAAUGGAAGGUAUGGGGAAGAUUAUGAAGGGGACACUGAAGAUGAUGAUGAAGAAGAAGAAGAAGGAGGAGGAGGAGGAGGUGAAGAGGCAAAUGAGAAUGCUGAUGCAGAACGAUGACCUCCUUUUCCAUCACUUAACCUAUAAGCCAUCGCAUUUCGCAUAGCCUGAAGCAUUUUUCUGCUGUGCCUAAAUCAACAAUUCUUGCAGGCUAGUUUUGGUAAAUUUUUUUAGUGUAUUAUUUCUGUAUCUUGGCACAUCUUUACAAAUUUGUAUCUAUUUAGUUCAUCAAUGUUGUAACAUUCUUCCAACCAUUGCUUCC